GUUAUACUCGUUUCUGACAAUUCGAGCUUUUGGUAAUCACUGGGCCUACGAGCGAUAUGUGAUCCAUGUUCUUAUAAAAAUGUUGAGGAAAGUUUGCCCCUUGGUAGCACAAUCACGAACAUUGCUGAAUGCUUUGAGAGCAGACCGAACAAAAUACUUUCGUCAGUCUCCUGGAAUAUCUACUACUGCUACAGGCAAUGGAGACUCAGACAAGGACCCCGAUCCCGAAGAGCAAGCCAGAAAAUGGCAGUAUUCGUAUGAACUCAUGCUAAAGGCAAUACAUUCUUAGAGACAGUUCGCCUUCCAGGGGGAGAACAAUCUUUCCCCCUUAGGGGUGCCCAUCAUUGUCAUUGACUUUUCACUGUUUCAGUAUGAUUCAUAAACAGUAAUCAGAACGUGACAAGUAUAUUUUGACAAGUAUAUGUAACGUGAUAAUUGCGUGAUAAUGUAACGUACUUAUUCAAAUAUCUGCGAUUAUGUCGCGUCCUUCGACAAAGUCUCUAUCAAAGUCUCCAGCGAUGUCGGGAUCGUUGGUUGACUUGCUUGCCAAACUGGACGAACACUUCGGAUCAUCCACCUACAAACCCACCUCAACCAACGCAGACAUCUUUGCCGUGCUGAUUCCUGUUGUCCAGAAGGUUGCGAAGGAUUCACUGAUAUUAUCUCAACGAGUAAGUGCCCUGGAAGCGGAGAAUGUCAAACUAAAAGAAGAGCUCCAAACCGAACGUGAAAUACGGGCAGGCGGUGAUGCAGAACUGCUCCAGUCCGACGAAGCCCUGAAAGGCCACAUUCAGCAGAUUGAUACUGACCAGAAGCAAGACGUUGGCACCCUUAAUGAGAAUAUCGAGAGCCUAAAGGAAUCACACUCUCAGCUGACGAAAACUGUGAAAGAUCUACAAGCAUGGAAUGAAGCCGGCAGUGAAAAACCUGACAUAAUUGAAAUCCAAGAUGGCGGCGCACCCGGACAUAUCAGAAUGUACACGCAAUCGGCUCAUAUCAAACGCAAUAAUGCCUGUCCACCCCAUAGCCGACGUGAAUUUUGGAGCGCCAACAGGGAAAAUGUGCAAGCAGAUCAUGUUCUAAUUAUUCGACCAACAGAUGUGGAAGAAGCCGGAUCAUAUCCCACCCGAAAACCGGACAUUCGCACUGAAAAAUGUGAAAGCGGGCCACGGGAAAUCAGUGAUCAUGACGUUUCCAACUCGAGCGGACUACGAAAAAGGUAAGGCGGAAAUCACUAGGCGCAGCGACAGUCUGAAAUGCUCUGUGUCUGAACCGAAGAAGAAAAUGCCUCGGUUAAUUAUUCGUAAAGUUAGCAAGGUCGUCUCUGAAGUUGAAUUUAUGGAAAAGCUUAUCAGUCAAAAUUCGCUGGAGAAGUUUCGGGAAAAUAUCAAAGUGAUUGUGAAGCUCGAGAGCGGAAAUGAAAACAUAAAAACGUGUGCUUUUGUAAUUGAAGUCAGCGCUAACACUGCAGAGUCUUUAUUGAGAAGGGGAAAGGUUACAGUCGAUUUUGAAAUAUGUCCAGUUGAAGAACAUUUUCACAUAAUUCAAUGCGGGAAUUGCUGUCGGUACGGCCAUCGAAAAGAAACAUGCACUUCUGCAACACACUGCGGGUUUUGUAAUGAAUCACAUCUUUUUGAAAACUGUAAUUGCAACUGGGACGAUGCUCCUAAAUGUAUUAAUUGCAUCAGUUCGGGAAGAAAGCCAGAGGAAAACCAACAUCAUGCGUUUGACCAUAAGCGAUGUCCUGUUUAUCACGAUACUAAAAUAAAGGUCAGUAAAAUUCUAAAAAACCGAAUUUUUUCAAAAAACUAGCACCGACAACGAAUGACCCGGAUUCAUAUUAUUUGUGUAAAAACGCAGAAAGUUCUUUUUGUAAAACGUUCGCGGGUUACAGUCGUGAAAGAAAAAUGCAAGCACAAAACGAGACCGAAAUUGUCCGUAGGUCAGGCUACCGGACCUCGCAAAUGAUUGAGCACACCGAUAUCCGGGUUGAUAGCCCGGCACUGGAAGACCACACAGAAUGUAAUGUAUUGAAAGUAUACGUAAUCGAAAAAGAUACGGUGGGAAGAGCCAACAGGAUAGACAGCGAGCUGAAUAACGCGUGUGCUAGUUUUAUGGAUAAUGGUGGACAGUGCACCGUUACUCCACAAGCUGAACCAUAUGAGCGUCAAUCGGGAGUAUUUUGUACUAAUGAUACUAAAGCUGAACACAGAUGGCGUCAAUCGGAAUUUCAACUUAACGAUCGGCUGAGCUUAACGGAGCAGUGCGAUAUUAACGAAAAAUUUGUCGGGCUACCAAAUGUGUCAACGGAACGUAAUCUUAGUACGGAACGAUCUGUCGGGCUACUCAAGUGGUCAACGGAAGAGAGCGGUAACAGCAGGGAUACGUGUAUAAUUGAAAAUUUGCACACGCAGUUAUCGAUAGUCUAUCUGAACGUCAACGGCUUAAAAAGAGCAUUUAAUUUGUUCGAUAAAGAUUUCACUGAAUUCAUCAUGAAACGUGAUAUUGUUGUACUAGUUGAAACACACCUGAAAAACGAAUACGAAACAAAACAAGUGGCUGGCUAUCAAACGGUGUCAAAGGUGCGAGCGACAUUUGCAGGAGGCGGCAUUACAGUAUACUUGAAAAAUGAGUUUAAGUGCAGUAUUGUAUACGACCAAGAAACAAGUUAUGAUGUUUUAGCCGUAAAAAUAAAAGUUUCUGAAAAAGAACACGUUGUCAUGGUAUGUGCCUACCUCGCCCCGUAUAACUCGGUAGUGAACGUUGAUGAUAAAGAAACUUUCGAAAAACUUACAGAAAUAAU